AUGAGUGCACCCGAGCACGUGCAUCAGCCAAACAAUGGCGCGCGUGCAGCCAAGACUCCCGAGACGAUCCUGAAAUACUACAGCCAUCGACUAUCGGUGUAUGAGCGUCAGGAGAUCAAACGGUGUGACGAGGUGUAUUUUAUUGGCCAGCACUCCAAAAAGCAUCCUGCGACACCAGAGUUGCCGAAUAUGAAUUACGGUUUUGAUGAUGAUGCGGGAGACUAUAACAUUGUGGAGCAAGAUCAUCUUGGUUACCGCUAUGAGAUCCUGGAGAUCCUUGGCCAGGGAUCUUUCGGCCGUGUCGUCAAGUGUCUGGAUCACAAGACAGGGACAACCCAAGCGGUCAAGAUUAUCAGAAAUCUCAAGAGGUUUCACGAACAAGCUCGAACUGAAGUCAAAAUUCUUCAACAAUUGGUUGAUUGGGAUCCUGAAGACCUUCAUCACAAUGUUCGAAUGACAGACCAUUUCUAUUUCCGGAAUCAUUUGUGUAUCUCUUGUGAAUGUCUUAGCAUUAACCUGUAUGAGUUUGUCAAGAACAAUGGUUACAAGGGUCUUAGUCUUAGUCUUAUUCGAAGAUUUACACUGCAAUUAUUGCAAUCACUUUCUUUAAUGUACAAGCACGGAGUUGUUCACUGUGAUCUCAAACCAGAGAAUAUUCUUCUUAAGCACCCUAGCAAGAGUAAUAUCAAGGUUAUUGAUUUUGGAUCUAGCUGUAUGCAUACAGAACAAGUAUACAGUUAUAUUCAGAGUCGAUUCUACCGUUCUCCUGAAAUCAUUCUUGGUAUGACUUACAACAUGUCGAUUGAUAUGUGGAGUCUUGGGUGUAUUUUGGCCGAGCUCUGUACAGGUCUACCGAUAUUUCCUGGUGAGAAUGAACAAGAACAAUUGGCAUACAUUAUGGAAGUAAUGGGUGUACCUGAGCGAUACCUUAUUGAAAAGAGUAGCCGUAAAGACUUUUUCUUUGAUAUCGAUGGAAAUCCUUUCAUUCGACCAAAUUCAAAGGGAAAGAAGAGAAGACCUAAUACAAAGACAUUAUCGCAUGCACUGAGAUGUCAUGAUGUGGUCUUUUUGGAUUUUAUUGAACGGUGUUUACAAUGGGACCCUGAACGUCGUAUGAAACCCGAUGAGGCACUGCAACACGAAUGGGUUACUCAGAGUACCAAACAUCGAACCUCUUCAGGCCAUGCAUCCCCGAUGCCCAAUAUAUACAGGUAA